GCAGUGGCAUGAUCAUGGUUCAGUGCAGCCUUAAACUCCUGGACUCAAGCAAUCCUCCCACUUCAGGUUUCCGAGAACCUGGGACUGCAGGUGUGCGUCAUCAUGCCCAGCUAAUUUUUGUAGGUCUCACUUGUUGUCCAGGCUGGUCUCCAACUCCUGGGCUCAAGCUAUCCUCCGCCUUGGCCUUCCAAAAUGCUGGGACUAUAGGCAGGAGCCACGGUGCCUGGCCAUGCCCGAUGUUUCUUACUGCAGUUGCUGAUAAUGUGGUUUUUGUUUUUUCUAUACAUCUGUGUUUUGGUGGUGUGUUUAACAUCUGUCUUUUCCCAGACUGUCGCCUCCCGGAAAGCAGGAAACUUGUCUGUUUUGCCUCCACGUUAUCCCCGCAACACCUCGCACAGUGCCUGGCAAACAUAGGAGCUCAACAGGGUUUGCGGAAUUAUCACGUGUAUAUCUGAAGGAAGGAGGCUGGCAGUGUGCCCAAGGUGUGAGGGUAGCCUCGCUCUCUAAGGUCCCAGUGGCUUUAAAGCUGUCUUCGAGAAAGUCAGAGGGACAGGGGGACACUUGUUUUCCUUCCUUUCUUCCCUCCCUCACUUUCUUUUCUUCCUUUCUCUCUCUUUUUGCUUUCAAAUAUUUUGAAAGGACACUUUGAGCCAAGUCUGAGUGUCUCGGGCAGGGCUGGGGCGCGGGUGCUGGCAGGCACCGGAGAGGCGACAUCUGGCCCUGGGAGGAUUUGUUUGAAAGUUCGAGGCCGUUCGCUCGGGGUCAAGGUCAGUCCGGCGGGCGUUCGGGGACCAGCUCCGUCGUGCCAGGACCGUUUCCGGGGCCCGGCCAGGGCAUUGCCGCGGGGACUGGGGCCGGCGCAAGUGCUGAGUCACACCCCGCCCGGGAGCGCCUCCGGACGGCAGCUCCGGAAGACGACAAAGCGGGAGCGGGAGCGGAAGCAGCGGCCGGAGUCGAAGCGGGAGAGGGAGCGAGCGUGCCUCAACGGCAGUGCCUGAUUCGAGAUGGGGUCCCAGGUCUCGGUGGAAUCGGGAUCUCUGCACGUGGUGAUUGUGGGUGGGGGCUUUGGCGGGAUCGCAGCGGCCAGCCAGCUGCAGGCACUGCACAUCCCCUUCACGCUGGUGGACAUGAAGGACUCCUUCCACCACAAUGUGGCUGCUCUCCGAGCCUCCGUGGAGAGAGGAUUCGCCAAAAAGACUUUCAUUUCUUACUCAGUGACUUUUAAGGACAACUUCCGGCAGGGCCAUGUGGUGGGGAUAGACCUGAAGAACCAGACGGUGCUGCUACAGGGUGGCGAGGCCCUGCCCUUCUCGCAUCUUAUCCUGGCCACGGGCAGCACUGGGCCCUUCCCGGGCAAGGUUAACGAAGUUUCCAGCCAGCAGGCUGCUAUCCAGGCCUAUGAGGACAUGGUGAGGCAGGUCCAGCGCUCACGGUUCAUCGUGGUGGUGGGAGGAGGCUCGGCUGGAGUGGAGAUGGCAGCAGAGAUUAAAACAGAAUAUCCUGAGAAAGAGGUGGGGGAGGCUGCCUUGCCUUGGAACUCUAAGUGGUUGGCUUUUUUCUGCAUUAUCUUAGGAACAUCAGGAAUUUGCUCAGGGCAGAGAAGGCUGGAGCUCUACUCACCUAAACUGGGAGUCACUCUGAUUCACUCCCAAGUGCCCCUGGCCGACAAGGAGCUCCUGCCCUCCGUCCGGCAGGAAGUGAAGGAGAUCCUCCUCCGGAAGGGCGUGCAGCUGCUGCUGAGUGAGCGGGUGAACAAUCUGGAGGAGCUGCCUCUCAAUGAGUAUCGAGAGUACAUCAAAGUGCAGACAGACAAAGGCACAGAGGUGGCCACCAACCUGGUGAUUCUCUGCACUGGCAUCAAGAUCAACAGCUCCGCCUACCGCAGUGCGUUUGCUCAGACUUUAAAUUCAGUGAGGGUCUACCCUUGCUGAGCUCUCAGCUGUGACAAUGUCUCGGCUCCAGGUGGCCAAGGUGACCAGAAUCUUCCGAAAUCAGGACUGCCCCCUAGUGGUAAGAGGUGGCAGUGGGCUCCAGAGAGAUGAGCAAGGUUGGUGUUCUGUUUCUUUCCCCGUCAGCUGGGUACAGUGGAAAUUCAGGGUCAGGCCUUCCUCUCUUGGCAGGUGUGCCGCUGCCCCCAAAUCCAGAUCCAAACAUUUAGUCUCUUGAGCUUGGAUUGAUUGGGGAGUGGGGUUGAUAACAUGGCCUCAUUUCUUAAAGCUCAGUAUUUGUGUAUUUAGCAGGCUGGAGGUGGCAGAGGUGGACUGAUGUGUGUUUAAGCCUCUAUUUGUGAGUGGGAGACUCAGUGGCCAGGCCCAGUGGUUGCUUUGUGUCCUCAGGUUCCCGUCAUUUACUCUCAAAUGCCCUUCCCUGACAAGGAGCUCCUGCUUUGUAUCCAGCAGGAAGUAAUGAUCCAAUCCCAAGAAAAGAAAGCCGGUCUAGGCCUGUGUAGCAAUGGGGUUGAGGGCUUAUAAUGGACAGAGAUCCCAGAAAUUAAUACCUAAUUGUCUUAAUGUUGUGUUUUCAAAUACAAGUUUUUAAAAAGUCCCUUUAGAAAAGCAGUUUGUCAUUUAUUAAAGCUCUGCAUUUAUUUUUAAUGCUUCAGUUUUGUUUUUUAUUUUUUGAGACAGAGUCUGGCUCUGUCAUCCAGGCUGGAGUGCAGUGGCAUGAUCUUGGCUCACUGCAACCUCCACCUCCUGGGUUCAAGCAACUCUCGUGCCUCAGUUUCCUGAAUAUCGGGGAUUACAGCUGUACUCCACCAAGUCCAGCUAAUUUUUGUAUUUUUAAUAGAGACGGGGUUUCAUCGAGUUGGCCAGGCUGGUUUUGAGCUCCUGGCCUCAAGUGAUCCACCUGCCUUGGCCUCCCAAAGACCUGGGAUUAUAGGUGUGAGCCACCAUACCUGGCUUGCAUUCAUUUUUUAAAUCUCACCUGCAUUCAAAAGUAAAUUCAAGACUCAGCAAAUCAUUAUAACUUGCACAGAGUUAUGUACAUUGUGUUGACCCAUUUCCACCCUGGCAUCAGCAACCUUGCCUCUGUGAGGAGGAGACUUCAGGCGGGAACAAAUUAGCUGGGAGGGUGGCCUCUAGGGCAGGCACCUCCAGGGGAUGGUCAUGCCUCAGGAGGGUGACCUGACCAGCACCUAUUGACCAAUGCUUAGAGCUCACCCUCACCGUCUCCUGGUGGCCACUUACCACAGCAGCUCAAU